AUGGUACGCGAUUGGGUGCUCCAACAGCAACAUAUCCCAUUGAUAGCAACCGCCGGCUACAUUGAAGUAGUUAAGGGUAUAAGUGCUGAGGUAAAGUGGACAAAACAACCGCAGGCUACGAAGUCCGGGGUGUCGAAACUGCGGCACAUACAAACACUUAUAUGCAAAUGUCUACAUGUUGCGCACGGAAUCACCCCAGAUGAAAGGCUUGAGCCCUACUUACUAUUGGAAAAUUCAUCUAGAACGGUUCCUCAUAACUUGCGACGUAGUUCAUUAGAGCUGCAAUACGCUUUAAACUUUGUACAGUGCCAGUCUGCAUACCGCCCGGCGGCAACCACUACGCCGCGUCAGCAACGACAACCGCAUUUCAAACGCGUUAGCAACGACAACCGCAUUUCAGCGGUAACAACGCGCGACACCACAACCGCUAUAACAGCGGAGCAAACACGGCGCAACCACAACCGCCAUCGCAGCGGCUUUGCAACACCCGUACAACACAACUCGCAGUACAACCACAACCGCAUAUCAGCGGAAACAACGUGCGGCAACCACUACGUUGCGUCAGCAACGACUACCACCACAAUAGCGGUUGCAACCACCAGCGCAACCACAAACGCCAUCGCAGCGGCUUUGCAACACCCGUACAACACAACUCGCAGUACAACCACAACCGCAUAUCAGGACACCCGGACAAGAACCGCCACCGCCUCAGCAGUNCAGUACAACCACAACCGCAUAUCAGCGGAAACAACGUGCGGCAACCACUACGUUGCGUCAGCAACGACUACCACCACAAUAGCGGUUGCAACCACCAGCGCAACCACAAACGCCAUCGCAGCGGCUUUGCAACACCCGUACAACACAACUCGCAGUACAACCACAACCGCAUAUCAGGACACCCGGACAAGAACCGCCACCGCCUCAGCAGUGAUGGAACAGCAGCUUAGGCAAACACGCAGUGCUUCAGUUAGAGGUAGCGGCACAAAGUCAAGAGGGGCCGGGAGGAAUACCAGUCCCGCUAUGCCAGCAACUAAUCCUCUGGUGAUUCCGAUGAACAAUUCCGCUCCGGGACUUAAAGUUGAUAGCCGUAAAAGUUCAAAUUUACUUGACACCUCACCACCUGGGACUUCGGUCCCGAAUGUUUCCGCUACCUCCAUGACUAUGCUUUCGGGAAGACAGGAAAAUGAUAGGUCUUUGCCUGGGAAUACCGGCUUUAGUGAAGGUAUUGCAGAAGAUAGAAGUAGACGUUCUAAUGGCGGAGCGCCCGGUGGAGAUUCGUGGGUAGGAGUGCUUCAUCAGGUCUUACGUACUUCGCAAGAAGAAAUGAGAGCUGAAAUGAGAACAAUGCGGGAAAAUAUGAACGCAUUAAGUGCAGUGGUAACUGCAUCUCAAACUGCACCCAAAGGCCCUAGGGACUUUGCUUCUAUCGGACGCAAUCCGACACAAGCCACUUUGAAUAGUCGACUAAAUUUUACCACCAACAUUGUUAUUAAGCCACAGGAUUGGAAGGUAUCCUCAAACUAG